GUUAGGAUGAUGCAAACUUUCAAUUCUAGAAAUAAUCCUAUAUACUCGGACACAGGUUUCCUUGCACAAUCAGAUAAGUCACUUUCCGCCAAAUUAUGACUAACAUUUAUGUAUUGUGUUUUUCCUGAAUGACGUGAGAUCAGGCUUUAUUACCACUGAGGUUAAUGAGGCUGCACUAUAGUCGGUGGUGAAACUAUAUCAGUGGAAGUGGAAGUUUCCAAAGUGGCAAAAAAUUAGGAGAAUGCUCUUUUUCUUCCCGAAUGUCUUAUGUGGAUGGUUAAGAACUCGAUGAUAGUUUGCAUUUAAUUGAUUGCAUUUAAAAAAGUGGCAUUUUAAGUGAUAUUCGAAUUUAUUUAUGCAAAUAUACCUCUAAUAAGAUAAUGAACAAAAAUUCGAAUCAAAUUUCGGACACGUGAUAAGUGUCUAACAAUUUCUUUUUUAUGAACAUACUUUUCAACUUUGUGAAAGAAUUUUUCAAUUGACAUAAGUUUAAGGGAAAGGAAAAAUUCAAAAUGGCAAAGAGGACACAACCGUCUUGGGUCCCACCGCAAGGAAAAAAUAGCUCAGUUCUCCGAUUAUACAAUAGUUUGACUAGGAAUAAAGAAGUAUUUGUUCCUCAAUUUGGGAAUCGCAUAUUGUGGUACAGUUGUGGUCCUACUGUUUACGAUGCAUCACAUAUGGGCCAUGCUAGGUCUUACAUAUCUUUUGAUAUAUUGAGACGUGUAUUGUCUGAUUACUUUGGAUAUGAUAUUUUAUAUGUAAUGAACAUUACUGAUAUCGAUGAUAAAAUCAUAAAGAGAGCUAGACAAAAUUAUUUGUACGAGCAUUAUGUAGAGGAAAAUCAUACUCUUGAUGAAAUUUUGGAUGAUGCAAAAAGUGUGAUGUGUAAUUUCGAAGGUAUUGUGAAGAUUACGAGUGACGCUGAUAAAAAAUAUAUGCUACAAAAAAUGUUGUCCAAUGUGGAAAAAGCCAUUGGAAAUCUUGAAAAUGCAGUAAAACUUAAGGAUCAAGAUAAAAUUAAGGAAUAUCAAGAGUUGUUACUUAAAGAAGCAAGAGAUCCAUUGGCAGAAUGGUUGGACAAGAAGAAGGGAGCAACAGUUGCGGAACAUUCAAUUUUCACUAAACUGUCUCAACACUGGGAAGCAGAGUUUCAUAAAGAUAUGGACGCUUUGAAUGUAAUGAGGCCCAAUGUCUUGACAAGAGUCAGUGAAUACAUACCAGAGAUAAUAGAAUACAUAAAAAAAAUUAUAGAGAAUGGAAUGGCAUACGAAAGUAACGGCUCAGUAUAUUUUGAUGUUGCGACUUUCGCUAAACAAGAUAAACAUUAUUAUGCGAAACUCGUUCCAGAAGCCUACGGCGAUACGUCCAGUUUACAAGAAGGAGAAGGGGAUUUAAGCACCUCAGAGGUUUCUGAAAAACGAUCACCCAUAGAUUUUGCACUUUGGAAAUGUUCCAAGGAAGGGGAGCCUUGGUGGGAAAGUCCUUGGGGCAAGGGACGACCAGGCUGGCACAUAGAAUGUUCAGUCAUGGCAUCUAUAAUUUGCGGCGAGAGUUUAGACAUUCAUACUGGCGGAGUAGAUUUGAAAUUUCCGCAUCACGAUAACGAAUUAGCGCAAGCGGAAGCGUACUUCAAUAAUUCCCAUUGGGUCCGAUAUUUCCUUCAUUCUGGUCACUUGACCAUAGCUGGAUGCAAGAUGUCGAAAUCGUUAAAAAAUUUCAUUACCAUACAAGGCGCGUUGAAGAAGCAUACAGCGAGACAACUCAGACUUGCGUUUCUUUUGCACUCUUGGAAAGACACGUUGGAUUACAGCGAAAAUACCAUGCACAUGGCCAUACAGUAUGAAAAAUUUAUAAACGAAUUCUUCUUAAACGUAAAAUGUAAAAUUAGAUGCCUGGGUACCAAGACGAGUAUUAAUACAUUCAUCAAAUGGUCAAAUUCGGAAGUGGAACUAAAUCAAAAGUUUAAUACUUCGAAGGAUUCUGUGCACAACGCGUUGUGUGAUAACAUUGAUACGAGAAGUGCAUUGGAUGCAAUUAGAGAUCUCGUGUCGUAUUGCAAUGUUUACAUGAAACAAGUUAAACAACCAAAUACAUUACUGCUUAGAGAUGUUGCAGUUUAUAUUACAAAAAUAUUUACUGUCUUCGGUGCGAUAUCGUCUUCGCAUGAUGCUAUUGGUUUCCCGAUUGAAGGGAAUACUGAUAAUCUAAAUGUCGAGGAGGUAGUUAUGCCGUAUCUUGAGAUCCUAGCAAAUUUCCGCGAGAAAGUGAGGAAUCAGGCUAAAGUGUUGAAAGCUAACGACAUUCUCGAUGAAUGCGACAUACUGCGCGACGAUAUUUUACCAAACGUCGGAGUUCGUUUGGAGGACAGCUCCGAGGGGGAAUGCAAUAUGAAAUUAGUUAACAGGGAGGAACUUUUGCGAGAGAGGGAGAGUAAGAGGCAAAUGGAACUGGAGAAAUCGUUAGAAAAAGAGAAAAGGAAAGCGGAAGCCGCCGCGGCAGCUGCAGCGAAAGAGGCGCAGAGAAAGAUUUUGCCUUCUGAGAUGUUUAAAUUUGAAACAGAUAAAUAUUCUCAGUUCGAUAGCAAUGGCAUACCAACGCAUGAUAUUAGUGGCAAAGAGAUAAGUAAAGGACAGAUGAAGAAAUUGCAAAAAUUGCAGCAGGCGCAGGAGAAGAGAUAUAACGAAUAUCUCGCUACUAUUCAAAACGGAGCUUAACGAUCUUGUCUAAAAAGUAUUAGCCUUUGUACUCAUUGUUCGACGAAGAAGAUUGGUCUCAUCCGUCUAAAAAUAUUUAUUUUCAUUUCCUUUCGUACCACUGCACCGCUCAUUAAUUUAUUAAUUAUGAACUUGGUGAUAUUUAUGUAAGUACUUGCUUGUACAGUGUUUAAAUCUAAAAAGAUCAAUUUUUUAUUCUUGUUUUUCGGAUAAGGAUGAUUUGCUUGGGCACUAUUAAGUGCUCUUUUGGAACACCAAUCGUACUGUUGUAUUAAGAUACAAUUAUGUGAAUUUAUUAAAUAAAUCUUAUACCGAUAUUGA